AUGGCCGACCGCGGGCCUGCGAAGCCGUACAACAACAUGUUUGCUAAAUACAGUAGCGGCGGCGCUGUUGCGCCCAGUGGGAAGAGCGAGCCGGCACAGGACUCGCUCGUGUACCCCGCACUGCAUCUCUACCCCUUGAACGACACGUUUGCAUCGAAACAGAUUAACCUGGGCACGUCGGGCCCCCAAAACCGCAUCAAGAUCGGGCGUUAUUCGAAUGCCAAGUCCGUGCCGAAUCCUUUGAAUGGCUAUUUUGACAGCAAAGUUCUGUCGCGCGCGCACGCCGAAGUCUGGUACGAAGAGGGCAAGGUAUAUAUCAAAGAUGUCAAAUCUUCCAACGGGACGUUUGUGAAUGGUACACGCCUCUCGCCAGAGUCGCAAGAAUCUGAGCCGUACGAGCUGCACGGUGACGAUGUUGUGGACUUUGGCAUCGAUAUCCUCACCGACGAUAACAAGGACAUUUUGCACCACCGCGUUGCCUGUCGUGUGUUUCUUGUCGUGACCCCCGAAGACGCGCUCAAGCUGCGCAGCGACUUUACAAGUUUGUACCGGGGCGGUGUGCAUGGCGGCACGUUGGGCAAUGCGGGGAUAUGCCCUGGCGCGGAAGGCGGCCUGCGACGCGGAAAGCCGGGCGUCAACUUUGACCACGUCAUUUUCCGUUUGCAAAACGAGCUGCAAAAAAGCAAAAUGGUGGGCACGGAGCUAUCUUCCUUAAGCAAUACGAUCCAAAAUAUAUACGAGACGCUGGGCGGUGGUGUAGCGCAGACGCAGACUGCUCCGUACCAACAUCUUGUUCCUGCUCGUGAGGGCCAAUCAAACGACGCACAGCACCACCGCUCUUCGCAACAACAUGCUGCACGGGCGGUUGACGAAGUGGCGAUCGCGAGCUUGGAGACACAGCUGAACAGUACCCACGCGAUCCUUUCUAGUCAUGUGGAACGUGUCAAGAGCUUGGAAUCGACACUCGCUGCGUACGAGAGCAUUAAGGACGAGGUUGCUGUGUUGCGGCAGCAGCUCGACUCGACCAAGCGCGACCUCCAAGUGCCGAUUCCUCCGGCGCGCGACGACCCUGGCUGGCUUGCAUUUGGGCUUCCGCAGCGAGUGUGUGCCGUGCAGGCUGAAGAUGCACGCAGUGAUACAAGCAUGGACACGAUUGUGGGCGAGCAACCAGCAGCGAUUGCAGACACACACAAAAGCACGUCUGACGACGGUCCUUUGCUCGAGCGGAUCAUGAAAAUUGAGGCACAUUUGCUAGAGGCCCUAGCGGAAGGAGAGCAAAAGGACAUUGCGCACAUGGAGAGCACACCCUCCGCGGUAGAUGCGCUGCAAAAACGUGUUGGACAGCUCGAGGAUUCCACGCGGAAUACUGUAUCCGAAGAUACCAAGUUUACCGAACUUAAGCUUAUCUUGGAACGCCGCUUGGAAGAGCAAGCACGCGCAUUCCAGGAAGAGCGCGAGCAGAUGCGAAGGGAGAUGGAUACGUUGCGCGCGACAGGAUCUUCGCACGAUAAAAAGGCGUUCGAGCAACGCCAGCACGGAUGGCUGCUCCUCUUCGCAUGCGGACUUCUUUUCACGCCUAUUUACCUCAAGUAUCUGUUCAAAAAGUGA